AUGAGGACAAUGGAUCAAGGACAGUUGCAAAAAUUACUAAAUGCCGCUGCGGCUGUAUCGACCAGUCCACAGCAGAAUCCGAUGAUGCUCUUCUCAUCGAUGACAUCACAGACUACGACGCCCCCUGUAUGGCCAAUCAAAUCACAUUCUGUAGUCAACACAACGCCUACACAAAAUAGUUUUGACGCGAAUUUAGCUGCACUUUUCCUAUUGCAACAAGCAUAUCAGAAUCAGCAAGCCUUAUCAACGACUGCGUUUCCAACUCUCCCUUCUCCAUCAAUAUCUACUCCAACAUUUAUCCCAUCUACCUUCUCACUUCCAUUAUUCUCAUCACCUACAACUAUUCCUACAACACUUCCAACACCUACAUUGACACCUACAAUUCCAACACCCGUGACUCCUCAAUGUACAACUCCUCCAGGAGUAUUCAACACAUUGAAUUCUCUUCUUCAAAUGCCAACUCGUUUUGAUUCUUCAAAGUCAAUGAACAAGUGUACUACACCUCCAAUUAUCAUUAAACCAUCAACAACUCCAAUUCCUGAUUCGAUCAGAAAAAUAUCAUCUGUCUCGAUUCCUGCUGAAUUGGUUCCAGUGAUUCCAACACCUUCUGCAUCUGCAUCUGGAUCUAGUUCACUUCCAGCAUCAUCUCCAAGUACAUCUUCUAAAAAAGAAGAAGAAGACGAGGAUGAUGAUGAGGAGGAAUUUGUGGAUAUUGAGUCAGUCGACGUGGCAAUUGAUGGAAAAGAGAAAAGGAAAGCUCACGUGGAAUUCUAUAGAAGGAUGAAGUAUAUGAGACAACAAGACAAAGCUCUACAGUGUGGAAUGUGCAAGAAGAAAGUCGAGAAUCAUGAGAAUGCGAUGGCUGUCCACGUGGCAGAACACGCUGAAGCAGGAUGCUAUCAAUGUAGAUUAUGUGGAUGGCAGGCAAUUGAUAAGUACAAAAUCUACACUCAUAUGAGAGAAGAACAUCCAAGAAAGGUUGAUAUGUUUGUGGAUAAGAGAGAUAUGCCGAAAAUGUGUUUGGUGCUGUCGCAGUGUUUUCCAAAAACAUCAUCUCGUCCGAAGAAAGAAUCGAAUAGAAAUGCGGACACUUAUCUGACAGAAAUUUUGAAAGUGCCUACUUUGGAACAGACUUGUCGAAUUUGUCAUGGAAAUGUGAGGAGGGAGAAAGCAGCAAUGAUAAGACACGUGCAAACUAAUCAUACUAUUAAAUGUAAAACAUGCAAAACAAUAUCCACAACACUUGAAGAUCAAUUGAUUCAUCAGGAUGAAUCUCAUCAACUCAAGGAACCCAAAAUGUCAGUUCACUAUGCUCCGAGUGCUGCUGCCAUCUAUCUCUUGCCAGCUUUAGAAAAAUGUUUUCCCAAUGAGAAACAGUAA